GAACACCCCACCCCUUUUUGGGGGGCAAAUUUUCAAAAAAGUUGGGAUAAAAAAAUUGGACCCAUGCUCCAUUUUUGGAUAAACAUAUUGAUGGUACACCCUUCACAAAAUGAAAUCAUGAAAGGUGUGAAAAUGGUGGACCAGAGCGAUUUUUUGAAAAUUUGAUUCGCUUGUCUCGAUAAAAACCCGAAAAAACAGAGCAUGAAUACGCAAAGUACAUAAUAUGGGAAAUAUUAUCAAGUAGGCUUGAAAUGACAGAAACAAGAAUUGAAAGGAACACAGAUGCUUUUAACAGCACAUAAGUUCAGAUAAUCUACAAUCCACCCAUCAAAUCUGUUUAUCACUCCGUGGAUAUUCUUUCUCGAUAUUUGUCACCAAAUAGUUACAUCCUACAAAGGUUAGCAGUACAAUUGUUUUUCUGCAGAAAUAUCGAAAUAGGUUUAUCAACCACUUUGAAAAGCUUUACACAGUCAAAUUGCAGCACUCCUUGGCAUUUCAUAAUGUUCAAGCAUUCAUGAAGAAGUCACUAUCCCUUCUCGAUCAUAGAUAAUGUAGUUCUACAUCAUGAAAAUUGCACGAGCAGAAGUCGUCGUUUACAAUCAUGAGAUUGUGUCUAGCUUAUGACUACAGGAUUCAGGGGAUUUGAGAUUCAGUAAAAAGCUUUCAACUGUUGUUCAACCACAACUCUGAACUUUUGAAUGUUUUGAGAAAUUCCUGCUGAAGUUUAUAUUCUUUCUCGAUAUUUGUCAACAAAUAGUUACAUCCCGCAAAAGGUUAGGUGGUAGGAUUGUUUUUCUGCAGAAGUAUCGAAAUAGGCUUAUCUACCACUUUGAAAAGCUUUACACUGUCAAAUUGCAGCUGUCUCUGGCAUUUCAUAAUGUUGAAGCAUUCAUGAAGAAGUCACUAUCCCUCCUCGAUCAUUGAUAGUGUAGUUCAACAUCAUGAAAUAUUAUGAUUGGAAACAACGAAUUCUGCUCAAGCAAUUUUCAAGAUGUACAACUUCACUAUCAAUGAUCAAGGAGGGAUAGUGACUUCUUAAACGUUAAUUUUUUUUCAAAUUUUCGCACAGAGCGAAUUUUGUAUAUUUUGAAGAAUUGUGAAAAUUUUCACAUCUAUACGAGUACUUUUCAAGAUUGCAGCGACCCUAUCACUCUUUUCAAUUAAAAAAACGCUUUAAUUUUCCAAAAAGAACAUGUGAAAACCUAUAAGUAUUUGAGAUGAUGCAUUUUGAAAUCUUGAAUGUCACUUCUGAUUUCCAGUCUUAAUAUUGUAACAUCAUUCGCUGAUCUUUGUUCGGUUGAGCUAAAAUUCUCAAGAAACUUUCAAGCUUAUAAAUUGAGCGCUGAUCAUUAUCAGGCCAUUACACCAAUAUUUUGAUUCAUAUUAAGCGAGUGGUUCUCAAUAUUGACAUUUCGUAAUACUUUCUGAAGAUACCUACUUGUCUUGAAUUGAAAAAACUUAAGACGGAAGUAAAAUAAAAACUAGAUUUAGCAACCAAAAUGAUUAAAUGUAAGAAGUUUAUACCUAUGUGUUUUUGAGUGGUUUGCCAACCUUAAAUACAAUGUCUACCUACUGCAAUAAAUCUAGUUUCUCCUUUGAAGAGAAAUUCCAGUGUCACUCAUUUUUACCAACUUCGGUUUUCAUUUCGUUUUUUUUUUGGGGUCACUUGCUUCAAAUCAAUCGAAUUACCUAUUCUGCAUAUUCACGUAUCAUGACCCACUGAAGAUAGCUUUUAAAUUAAAAAAGGAAGGAAAAUAAAAACUAAAUUUCGCAAUUACCUUGAAAUGUAAGCAAUCUGAUUGGCUUGGAGUUUAUUGAAUUUCUCAGAUCACAUGUUGAUCACAUGUUGCAGAUUAAGCGAACCUUUUUAGUUAAGUAGGUACCUACAAAUAUUUGAUAAUUUUCUCUCACUCCCUCCAAAUCAAAAGGAUCCGAAAAGGAAGUGAAAUAGAAACUACAUUCAGAAGUAAUAUAGAACAUGUAGCCAAUUUGUGGAAAUUUAUACGGUAUUUGUGUACCGUUUGAAUUUUUACUAGAUAGGUAAAUUAUCCAUCAUUCGACAAGAUGAAUCCACUGAUUUUUUCAAUUGUGUGUUUUUUUGUAACCGAAGUGCGAUCAAAAAAAGCAUUACUUUUUAGUUUAGCCAUUGAUGACUAUCAGGCGGGCAUUGAAGACGUUUGGCACAAUAAUACCGCCAGCCAAUAUAGUCGUAAAUACAAAUAUAUUGCCGCAUGCCCUGCUUCCAGCCCUCUAGAGCAGCAAUUCAACAAAGAUGUCUCGUUGACAAAACAAAGCGUAUUCUCGCGGUUAAUUUUGUGGAGAAAUCAAUCGCUGACAGAUAGUGAUCUUGAUUUUUGUGAGAAGUCCCACGAACCUGCGAUGAUUUAUAAUUCACUUACAGGAGAGUAUAAAAUCGGAUAUGAGCUGUAUGUUUUCACAAACGAGACCAUAUAUCAGUACAGCAGCACAAAAAAUGAUUAUUAUUAUUAUAGAACGGUAAAUACAAAAAAGCUCCCGUAUGAAAUUGAGCAUCAAACAAUAUUCAAUGGUACCUCUGAAUUUGUAAUUAGGUACGAAGAUGACUACGACAUUAUGUUUAAUUUCACCAAUGGAUAUCCGACUCUGAGUUUUUAUUGGAUAAAUAUACUGUCUAUAAAAUGCUCAAAACACAACAAGCAUGCAAAAUUUGACGAUCUCUACCACCUUUACAAUUUGAACGAUGAAUGCAAAAAUUACCGACCUGGUGAUGAAUUAUACUCAAGGAAAAAUCAGAAAAAGUGUUUGAAAGACAUUUUAGUACCGUCGUCCUCGCUUAAAGGAAACCCUGAUUUGUCAUGCGGGCAGCCUUACGGAUGUUUAACACAAUCGCAGAUAAUUCCACUGUGGUAUUUUGCCUCAAGCUCAGCCAAGCUUGCCAGUUGUUCGUAUUCAAACGUGAUACCAAUUUGGAAAAGCAUCGCAGCUGGAAAUUUGAGGAGAGUUGAUUUUUUCGUGGCAGCAAUUGUUAAGGAAAUAGUUGACGAAGUCACUUUCGGUGUACAUGGAGUAUUGAAAAUGAUGGUACCGGGCGGCUCGCGAAAAAUGUACUUAUCGGAUAAUAAAGAGGAUCGUGUCGUCGAGAUUCCAAAAAUAAUUUAUCGAAUUAUUAGAUUCGUAGGGUUUCAUACUUGUAGUAAUCAUAUUGCAGUAAUCGUAAUCCAUAAUGAUCCUAGCGGUGUCCGAGAUACUGACAGACUUUGCGACAAAAACGAUACUCUUAUUCACACAUGGGAUAAAAUAAUCAACGAUGAUCCAAAAACUGGAUUAACUUACAUUUGUCCGAUGACCGCAGAUCUUGAAAAAAAAUUAGACGUCAAUUGUUGCGGCAUAGAUAAACUGAAUUUGGCCAAAGUUCCUCACCGGAUGCCGUAUUCUCAGGAGUGGUACUGUUCGGAAUUUGAGGAUCAACGGAAAUCUAUCAAUUAUAACUUUAAAAAAUUUUUAAAAGAGUAUCCCAAGUGAAAUAAAAACUUGAUAAAAAUCUUUGGUCUUAUUUUUAUAUUUACCUAUUCCACUUUUUUUUCAUAGUUAGGUUCAAGAUUUCCACUUUUUUUUUUUUA